AUGGAAGCCAGUGGCCGAGGUGGAGGCAGGGGCCGAGGCCGAGGCCGAGGAAAAGAUAGGGGACGGAGACCAGAACCCGAAAGGGUAGAAAAUGAAAAUGCGAACCACCAAACUGAUAACCAAGUAGCUACAGCCAUACAACGGAUGGCAGAUUUGCUGGCACAAAUGAUGGACCAACAGGGUCAGGGUCAUGGGAAUGAUGCCGGAAACACUGGAAAUAAUCCGGGCAAUCACGAGGAAGUGGACUGUGCCUUAGAACGGUUCCAAAAAUUUGCACCCCCAAAAUUCAUAGGUGGACCUAGCCCUGACUUAGCUGAGGGAUGGAUGGACCGCAUUAUGGAUAUAUUCGCUGCGCUCGGGUAUUCAGAGGAACGGCAGGUAUCUUUUGCUGUCUUCCAAUUUGAGGGACCAGCCCGAGUAUGGUGGAAUGUAAUAAAGGCUAAGUGGGAACGAGAACAGACCCCCUGGACUUGGGUCAAUUUCACCCGUGAGUUUAACGAGAAGUAUUUGCCACCGAUUGUUCAAGAAAGGCGGGAAGAGGACUUUAUCCGCCUGCGUCAAGGGCCGUUAAGUGUGGCAGAGUACGAAACACAAUUUACCAAACUCUCUCGUUUUGCUCCAGAGUUAGUACUAACAGACCAAAAGAGAAUUCGUCGAUUUGUCCAGGGUUUAAACGUGGAAAUACAAGAGGCAUUGGCGGCUGCCCAGUUGGAUACAUUCAGCCAGACCCUGGAAAAGGCACAACGAAUAGAGACGGCAAGGAAUCAGGUGAAAGCUUUCCGUUACAAGAAGAGAACACCAUCUGACACCUAUACCUCCACUGGUGGGCAAAGCUCGGGAAGUGAGCCACCUAGUAAGAGGAGUAAGGAAGCCGAUGGUACACGACCAGUGGGGACUCCGAAUCAAGGUAAAAUAAGGGAAGAUCAGGCAGGAAAAGGGCCCCAAAGUGGUGUCUCACAUGGGGAAUCGAUGUUCGGAACCAGAAGAGUAUGUGAUGUCUGUGGGGCCACUAACCAUACGGAAGAUACCUGUUGGAAGAAAAAGAAAAAUCGGCGAUGUUUCCGAUGUGGUAGCAAUGAAUACCUAGUUGCUCAGUGCCCUCAUACGUCGAGGGGAGGAAAUAAAUCAGGGAUGAAGGGAACCAUUUCUAGGCCGAUCAGGGACACCGAAGGUAUGAAUUUCGAGGACAAAAUUCUUCUAAGAGGGGGAGGUUGUGAGAUCCCGAUUCGUCCUUAA